AUGACCGGCCCCACGCUGCUCCCCAUCAAGCUCCAGCCGUCCAACGUGCGCCCCGUCGCCUACCGCGUGCUCUCCAAAAAACACGGGCUCAACCUCCAGUCGGACGCGCUCGUGGUGCUCGCGGAGCUCUUCAGCACGCGCUUCGGCGCCGAGUGGCGCGGCCCGCGCGCCCAGCAGUUCCUCGAGGAGCUCGCCAAGCAGUGGAAGAAGCAGGCCCGCGGCCUCUUUAUCGACGGGCCGGGGGAGCCCCCCCAGGCCUUGGACUGGCGCCACUUCGUGCGGUUCGUCACGCCGGACACGCAGCCCAACUUCGAGUUCGACCGCGUGCGGCGGCAGUUCUCGCCGCGCGAGGCGGCCGGCCGGCGGCUCCGGCCCACGCUCCGCGCCGCCACCGACCACCUCCGCCAGCGGUACUUCUUGAUGUGCGACCGCAUGUCGCGCGACGACAGCUUCCAGAAAACGUCCUUCUCCAGCGUGGCGGCGCUCAGCCACGCCGGCGCGGCGCCCGCGCGCCCCGAGCUCACGCUCGUCAAAAACGUGUUGGGCCGCGACGGCUCGCGCUUCCGCUUGUUCGGGCUCCUCGCGCGCAACGCCAGCGGCGACCUCGUGUUGGAGGACAGCUCGGACCGCAUCGAGCUCGCCGUGGCGCGCGCGGCCCAGGCGCCGGGCUCGUUCUUCUGCCCGGGCAUGUUCGUGAUUGCCGACGGCAUCUACGCCGCGGCCGGCGGGCGCCGCCACAGCGCCGCGGACGAGAUCAGCGGCUGCUUCCACGUGUCCGUGCUCAGCCAGCCGGUGGCCGAGCCGCGCGACGCGGCCUUGGACGCGUACGGCCACCUCGACUUCAUGGGCAUGCACCUCGAGUCGCCGGGCACGCCCCCGGGCCUCCCGGGCACCCUCGCCCGGGCGCCCGGCAAGAUCGACCGCGCGCUCCGCCGCCGCCUCGCGGCCGUGGAGCGCACCUUGCACGGCCACCGGCUCGUGCUUGCCGACUGCAACGUGCACCUCGACGAGCCGCGCGUGCGGGCCGCGCUCUCGCGGCUCUUUGCCGUGUUGGAGGAGCAGCUCGGCGACGAGCAGGCCGCGGCGGGCGCGGCCGGCGCCACGCACGUCACCGUGGUGUUGGCGGGCUCGUUCUGCUCGCAGGCGCUCACGCCGGCCACGGGCUCCGUGACCGCGGAGGCGCGCUCGGACGCGUACAAGGCCGGCUUCGACUGGAUGGCGCAGAUGCUCGCCGCGUGCCCGCUCGUGGUGCGCACGUGCACGGUGGUGUUGGUGCCGGGCGCCCGCGACCCGUGGCAGUCCACGUUCUCGUUGGGCCGGCCCGGCGGCGGCACGCUCCCGCAGACGCCGGUGCCGCGCGUGUUCGUGACGCGGCUCGAGCGGCUCUUGCCGCGCGGCUCGCUCGUGCUCGGCUGGAACCCGAUGCGCGUCAACUACGUGUCGCAGGAGAUCGUGUUGUUCCGCGACGACGUCAUGGCCAAGCUCAAGCGCAGCGACCUCGCGUUGGCCGCGGCCGCCGGGCCCGACGCGCCGCCCGACCCGGCGCCGCCCUUGCUGCCCAAGGUCCGCCAGGCCCGGGUGUUGGUCAAGACGUUGCUCGACCAGGGCAGCCUCCAGCCGCUCCUCCGGGGCCUGCGCGCGGUGAGCCCGGCCUACCAGCACGCGAUGCGCCUCGAGCCGCUCCCGACCACCGUGGCGCUCUUUGACGCGCAGUUCGAGCCGUUCGACGUGACCUACAACGGGUGCAAGACGGCCAACGUGGGUGCGUUCAUCAGCAACCACAACGUGCGCACGGCGCACUACACGGAGUACAGCCCGAGCACCAAGAGGUAUACGCACAAGGAGCUCCUGUUCUAG